GUAGUCUCGCGUGUUCUCGCGAGAGCUGCGUGAGAGGAGCAGCAGUGAUGGCGGACGCGGAGCAGACGCUGGACCUCAGCGACACCAAACACGAAGAAUCAGGCGAUUCUGCCGCUGAUGAAGCAGAAGCGGAGCCCCAGCAGACGCAGGAGGACACCAACGGCGCUAAAACCAACGCCGAGGACAAAGAGCCCAAAGAGAAGAGCCGAAAGUCGCACCGCUACCAUCCCUACAAAGAGCGCCGCAGCGGCUCGGUGGACCUGAAGGCCUCCCACAGGAACCGCGUGUUCAUUAGCAAUAUCCCUUAUGAUAUGAAGUGGCAGGCAAUUAAAGAUCUAAUGCGUGAGAAAGUUGGUGAGGUUACAUACGUGGAACUCUUUAAGGAUGGAGAAGGAAAGUCAAGGGGCUGCGGCGUGGUUGAGUUCAGAGAUGAAGAGUUCGUGAAGAAAGCCAUCGAGGUCAUGAGCAAACACGAUCUGAACGGACGGCCGCUGAACAUUAAGGAGGAUCCGGACGGAGAGCAUGCGCGGCGCCUUCCUUCACUCGCGCUCACAGCCAUGUUCAACGGUCAGAUGCUGUUUGACAGACAGAUGCAUGUGAAAAUGGAUGAUAAAUCACUUCCUCCAGAUGACUUCAGGCCUGCGGAGAAACCGCCACAGUUACCCCGAGGUCUGGGAGGCGUCGGGAUGGGUUUGGGUCCCGGUGGUCAGCCAAUAAAUGCCAACCGUCUCAGUGGAGGAGGCGUCGGCUCCAUGGGACCUGGAGGGAUGGACGGGCCGGGAUGCAGCAACAUGAACCGCAUGAGUGGGAUAGGCGGAGGCUUCUCCGGAAUGGACUGCAUGGGUGGAAUGGGAGGAUUCGGUGGCAGAGACAUGGGCCGAAUGGGAGAUGUGUAUCGCUCUGGAAUGGGAGGAAUGGACAGAGACUUCGGCAGAAGGGACAUGGAGAUGAACCGCCCGUUCGGAGACUCGUUUGGAGGUAGGUGUGGAGGAUAUGCAGUAAUGGGGAAUGCUGGGAUGGGACCCAUGGGCACUGGAUUAGGGAUGGUGAACAUGGGAAUGGACCGAAUGAACUCCGGCUUUGACCGGAUGGGCGGGAACAUGGACAUGGGGCGUGGCUUCGGCCAGUACGGCGGCGGCUCGGGUCACAUGGGUGGAAUGAGUGACAGGGGGGCGGGGACUAAGGCCGGAUGCCAGAUCUUUGUGAGAAACCUCUCGUACGAUCUGACCUGGCAGAAGCUCAAGGAGAAGUUCAGUUACUGCGGUCAGGUGAUGUACGCUGAAAUAAAGAUGGAGAACGGCAAAUCCAAAGGCUGCGGCACGGUGCGCUUCGACUCUCCUGAGAGCGCUGAGAAAGCUUGCCGCAUGAUGAACGGGACCCAGAUCAACGGAAGAGAGGUUGAUAUUCGUAUCGACCGCAACGCUUGAGACACUCACUCACACACACACACACACACACUCACACACACACUCUCUCACACACACUCUCUCUC